AUGGACGUAUCAACUUUGUCAGCGCAUUUGAGCUAUCUCAACGAUGCUGCUCAUCUCCUCAGGGCGUCCGCCCCCGAAACCUCGGCGUAUCUCAUGAGCCACCACAACGAGCUCAUGUUCAUCAACACCGUUGAGCAAAACGACAUUCAACGACAACACGUCUGCGGCGCCUGCGGUCACAUCAUGGUCCCCGGCCAGGGCACUACACUCAAGCUUGAGACUGAAAAGGCACUCAAGAAGAAGAGGCGCGGUGUUGUCAAGACCCAAUCAUCCAAGGCAAAGGUUGAACAGAAGCCGCAGCGGUCUGGCACGCGAAAGCUUUUCAGCUGUGGGAAGUGCAGCCGCACCACCAAGAUCUCGUUCCCUGCGCCGCCACCGGCCGUGAGACGCCGGGCCAAAACUGAGCAGUUGCCCGCGAAGAAAAGUCAGCAAGCCGCUGUGGCCGAGGCAGCUAAACCGGCCACGUCUAACUCUAGCAGCAAGAAGCGUGCGAAGAACCGCAAGGCCGGGUUGCAGGCUCUUCUUAGCCAAGCCAAGACCUCGUCCUCGGCCAGGAAUCUAAGUCUUGCCGACUUUGGACGGCUGGGUUGA